ACUGGGAGUCAGGAUCCACAUGCACCAUGCAGCCAGAGGUGCCGGUUCUGUAGAGGCAGAGGUAAUUUCUUUUGUCACUCUCAAUUUUUCUUCAUUCUGCUGUAACAUUUUUGAGCCCCCGUUUGCGUGAUUAUGUUGAAAACGCGUCGUUCUUUCGUGGUCUUUGUGACUUUGAUCAAACUGCCUCCGUUCCGUCAUACGGUGUUUGUUUUCACGGUGGUGGUCGUUCAUCCGUUGCUGUUUGUCUGAGUCCUCACUGCUGCUGCUGCUGCUGCUGCCGCAUCAUUACGACCCUGCCUCUGACUCACGCACCUGCUGGCCGAUGCAACCUGUCUCCUGUUCCACUGUUUUGUUGUUUUUGUCUGACGCGCUGCUGGCGAUGGGAACUCUUCGGGAGUUCGGCGCAUGAAGGAUCCCCUUGUUUCAUUCUUGUGUCCCAAAGCGGCUGGUGACCUGCACAACCCGAGAGGGGUGCGGAACAUGACGCGUCUUUGAGUUAGAUGUUUUUUUGCUUUCUUUGCUUUUGAGAUAGCAGGUGCUUUUGCUGUGUUUUUUUCCUCCCGUCCCAUUGGUUUUGUUUGGAAUACACCUCCCACGCGGAUUUGCCCAUUUCGUCUACUCGUCUUUUGAACCAGCACUUUCAGCGCCAAACAUCGUUGGACCACUUGGAUGGAUUGAACAAAAAGUGUCCAAUUUCUGAGCUAGUUUCCGUAGAGCACCAUCUGUUCCCUGGAGAUUCUCAUACAUCUGUGAGAUAUCAGAUUUUAGAAUACAAAUAUAUAUACUUAUUUCACCUUCACUGUGAGCAGGAGUUACAAGAGGCUGCGCGCAACGCGUGUGGGGAUCUUUGGUUUUACGCACGGCUGCCAGCCCCAUCUGCUGCCCCUUACAUCCGUAAUUUGGACAGUGAUAAUGGGAGGACAGGGCAGCGUCACGGGGCUUGAGGAGUCCCAGACCCAGGGUGCCUUAAACACGCAGGGCCAGGCGCGGCCCCGUGAAUGAUCGCGCGGCGGCAGCAUGCCCACUUGGCCCAAUCACUCGGAGUGCGUCUCCCACAACUGCAGCGGGGAGGAGAUCCAUAACUCCACAUGGGAUGAUGACCACGUCCUGCCUCCUCUGAACUACUACUCAAUCCCUCUCCUCGUGGUCAUCACCGUCGCCUGCACGCUGCUUUUUCUGGUCGGGAUGGCUGGCAACGUCAUGACCAUCUUGGUGGUCAGCAAGUACCGGGACAUGCGGACCACCACCAACCUCUACCUGUGCAGCAUGGCUGUGUCCGACCUGCUCAUCUUCCUCUGCAUGCCGCUGGACCUGUACCGCAUGUGGAGGUACAGGCCCUGGCGCUUUGGAGACGUGCUCUGCAAGCUCUUUCAGUUCGUGUCAGAAUCCUGCACUUACUCCACCAUUCUGAGCAUAACGGCGCUGUCGGUGGAGCGCUACCUGGCCAUCUGCUUUCCGCUGCGCGCCAAGGCUCUGGUGACCAAGAGGCGGGUGCGCGCCCUCAUUCUCCUACUGUGGACUGUGUCCCUUUUGAGCGCCGGACCCGUGUUUGUCAUGGUGGGAGUGGAGCGGGACAGCGUGGGGCCGCCGUAUUUCAGCUCAGGAGCGAACGAGACGGACUUCUUCGCGGAGGACGGGGACACCCGGGAGUGUAAGAUGACGCACUACGCCGUGGAGUCGGGUCUCAUGGGUGCCAUGGUGUGGCUGAGCUCCGUCUUCUUCUUCAUGCCGGUGUUCUGUCUCACGGUGCUCUACAGCCUCAUAGGCCGCCGGCUGUGGCAGAGACACCGAGAGACCAACAGCAGCUCCCGCGUGUCUCACAGGGACAAGAGCAACAGACAGACCAUCAAGAUGCUGGUGGUGGUGGUGCUGGCCUUUGUCCUCUGCUGGUUGCCAUUCCACGUGGGUCGCUACCUGCAGUUCCGCUCCCUGGACGCCCCUUCCCCUCUGCUGUCGGUGUUGUCCGAGUACUGCAGCCUUGUGUCGGUGGUCCUCUUCUAUUUGAGUGCAGCCAUCAACCCCAUCCUCUACAACACCAUGUCCUGGAAGUACAGGGGCGCCGCGGUGCGCCUCUUCGGCCUGACCGACAGCCAGCCCCAGCGAGGCCGCACGGCCAGCACUAUGAAGGGAGACGGCUCCAACGGCUGGACGGAGUCUACCGUCAGCUUCUGAACACAGCCGUCAGAGAGUCUGCAUACAAUUUGUGAAAAGAUAUUUAUCGUAAGUUGAGAACAUCAACCUAUAAGCCAUUAUUUCUGUCAGGCCCAGGGAAUAACAGCUUGACGAAGUCUAAUAUAACCAGCGGAUGGGAAAAGGCCUGAGUCACAAAAAGCUACAAACCUCAGUUUGUCAACAUGCAUCAAUAGAAAAAUUAUUUUCUCAUUGGAUUGCUCGAGCAGGUGGCAUCCACUUUUCAUACAGCUCACUCGGCAGCAUGUCUGGUGGGGUGCAAAAAUAUAUACACACUAGCCUGAAGUGCUUAUAUAAAAUGUGAACAGCAGAAAACCAUGGACAUUUACAAUUGCCUUAUAUUGUAUUAUUAAUAUUCUGGAUGACAAAGAAAGCACUGUAGAACCUGUGGCACUGCUCUGUACCCUACUCCUGGAGAAAGGGUCAGGGGUGCAGUGUGUGUGUGUGUGUGUGUGUGUGUGUGUGUGUGUGUGUGCGAGAGUGUCGGGCACCAUGCUUUUGGCUGUGAUUCUUGUAGUUUUUGGAGAGAGCGUGACGGUGUAACUGUCAUUAUGCUCAGUGCUCUGUAUCUCGGAAAUUCAAAUGUCGAUGCAGGGUCAGUGUGAUUGGUGCACAGUCCUUGAAAUUUAGAUACUUAAUUUUCCUUCAGACUAAACCACGGCAGACUUGUUUAUUGUUGUUGACUGUGAGACAUUUUACAGAAUGCAAAAAAUUCCAAGAUGUGUUGUCACUAAUUUGUGAGCAUCAUUCAAAAAAGAUCCACAUUAUUCAAGCAGCUGGCCCCUUGUUACUGCUGCUUAGUCUUAGAAAUCAAAACAAAAAAACAACGUACACGGGGAGUCUGUGAGAAGGCAUCCCAAACUUUAGACCGACCGUGCAAUGCAUUUAAAUAUCCUCAGUUUGGUGCAUGAGACAAAAAGAACGCUGCUUGGCGUCUCUGAAAAUCACCAUCGAUGGCUAUAGUUGCCUCAGUCUCUUGAACUGUGCACCACUGCUGAAACAUCGUUGAUUUGAUCAUUUAUGUUUCAGCCAUCAGGUGUACCGAUGUGAGUUACCUCUUAUACAGAACACACAGAACUGGGCCUUUUUCUGCUUUUCACAGCUGCAUGCGGGGACAAUGUGGAUCCAAUCAUAUAAAAACCUGUAUCAGAUUCAUCGGAAGACUCGAUUUAUGUCACUUAAUGUACCAUGUAACUUUGUAAGAAAUGAAAACAAGGAAGUAACUUUAGUUUCUUUGCUGCCAUUCACACCAAAGGAGCAGUCGGUCCCCCAACGUGGAUCACAAUGUUUGUUGGCACGUGUUGUUCCCCUGUCCCGCAACUGUCCAGUGUGAAGAGGCAGUGACUUCUUCAACGGUUAAACCAAACAUGCACAAUGUAAAUUAUAUUAUGUGUCUUGUAUCUUAUUGGUUUGCCAGUGAAAGGCAUGGUAAGACUGCUUAGGGGGCUAUAGUGGAAAAACGAUUUGCCAUUGGUUAGGUAUUGGGUGUGAACUGAAAUACAAACGUUCUAAAUGUGCCAAAGGUGCAGAUCUUCACAAAACGUCACUGCAUUUUUUUUUGUGAAAUUGCCUUUAAAUAUGUGUGUGGGGGGGUUUGGACAAAGAGGAUCAGUGAGCUGUCUUUAAGUGAUGAUGAUGUUAUUCUUGCUUUAAACUGUAAAUAGAUGCUAAUGCCAGAAACUCGAUGCCGUACACUCAGAUGGUUUCAGCCGCCCAAAUCACCGCAGCAGCCUCCACUACUCUGCAUUUCAGAGCAUGACCGCUCUGGCUCCGAGGAAUGUAUCUCCGUUAAUCAACUGUACAUACUGAUGUCAAGACUUACUGUUUAGUUAAGCUGCAGGAUAUGUACCGAUUGAAAGAGUGAAAAUAAAUUGAUAUUUUCUUUCCUGUUUUUUUUUUUUUUUUUUUAAAUGUCUGUAAUUAUCUCAUGUGGGACAAUGUGCCUGUUAAAAGUCUUGUAAAAGUAAAAACAAAAAGGCGGAAUAAAAAAAACCCUCACUUCGUC